GGGAUGCUGCGGGAACGACGAUAUUGCGGAACGCCAUCUUUAAACCCCAACAGAGAGGGCAACUACACUAACAGUAGAUGAACCGGGAUGAAAAACAGUGUCCCUCCUCCGGCGGAUUAUUUCCACCCACAGCGGGGUAGCGGGUCGAACCGUGCGCUCGCCCGCCACUUGGAUGAAUAACGAAGGCGCCGUGCCAUGGGAGCGAACGGACGAGAUGAGCGGACGCCGCUUUGCAGCCUUUUAGGACAGUUGUCACCAGAAGCGGGCAACAACAAUAGACGGAAAGACAACAACAGCGGACUAGCAUGCUAACGUGCUAAGCGCUAACAUUAGCCGCUACGUCGGUGAAAAAAUACCCAAUCGUGAUUAACUUGAACCUGACGCUUUCUACAGAAAGCACUGGCUUGUUUGGACUCGCACGGGGGAACUCUAGCAACACACUGUUUGUCUCAGAAAAUACACCCGGAUAUAUAAUUUCAAUUGAAUUCUAUUUUUUCUUGUGGCUUGAGCUAGCUUCGAGCCUUUCAAGCCCCCGCUUCUUCUCCCCCUCCCCAAGCGGCCCGGCCGGAGAUGCGUGGAAGAUGUCGGUGUCGGGGCUGAAGGCCGAACUGAAGUUUUUGGAGUCCAUUUUCGACCCAAACCACGAACGAUUCCGGAUUAUCGACUGGAAGCCUGACGAGCUGAGCUGUCAGUUCAACGUAACCGGGGAAAAGCUGCUGAUUAUCCACUGUAACAUAACGGAGUCGUAUCCAUCUACACCUCCUAUUUGGUUUGUGGACUCUGACGACCCCAGCUUGGCACAAGUGUUGGAGCGUCUGGAGGAUGUGAGAAGAGGCAGCACUUUGCUGUUACAACAGUUAAAGAAGCUGAUUUGUGACCUCUGUCGGCUGUACAACCUUCCCCAGCAUCCAGAUGUGGAGAUGCUGGACCAGCCCCUCCCUGCUGGCCCUGUUGGACAGGACCGAAAGCAUGGGACAGAGGAGGUUACAUCAGAAGAAGAGGAGGAGGAAGAGAUGGGAGAGGACAUAGAAGAUCUGGACCACUAUGAAAUGAAAGAGGAGGAGCCCGUCGAAGGCAAGAAGUCUGAAGACGAUGGCAUCGAGAAGGAGAAUCUGGCUGUCCUGGAGAAGAUCCGGAAGAACCAGAGGCAGGACCACUUGAAUGGAGCUGUUUCUGGUUCUGUGCAAGCCUCAGACCGCCUGAUGAAGGAGCUCCGAGAGAUCUACAGGUCUCAGAGUUACAAGACUGGCAUCUACUCGGUGGAGCUGGUCAACGACAGCUUGUACGAAUGGCACGUCAAACUACGGACUGUGGAUCCAGACAGCCCCUUACACAGCGACUUACAAGUCCUAAAGGAAAAGGAAGGAAUGGAUUACAUUUUAUUAAACUUCUCUUAUAAAGAUAAUUUCCCAUUUGAUCCUCCAUUCGUGCGGGUUGUGUCGCCUGUGUUGUCUGGGGGUUACGUUCUCGGAGGAGGUGCCCUGUGCAUGGAGCUUCUCACUAAACAGGGUUGGAGCAGUGCCUAUUCAAUUGAGUCUGUUAUCAUGCAGAUCAAUGCCACUUUAGUCAAGGGAAAAGCCAGAGUGCAGUUUGGAGCCAAUAAAAACCAGUACAAUCUAGCCAGAGCACAGCAGUCCUACAAAUCCCUGGUCCAGAUCCACGAAAAGAACGGAUGGUACACACCCCCAAAAGAGGAUGGCUAAAGAUACACCCACCCUUCCUGCUCUAGAUUUAUUUUCCUUGCAACCGAUUUUUUUUUUCUCAACUUUUUUUGCGCUCUUUUGAACAUUUUGUGAACUCCAAGCCAAAAUUCCUCAACCAGAAACAAGCACAUAAUCAAAUAUACCAGCCUCUUCUUUGGACAUCACAUAUUUAUCUCCCAACAGAAAUGGAAUACCGCUGACUCGCCCAUCUGCGAGGCUCAUUUGUAAUGUGAUGGUUUCCAUUUGGCUCCAGAACCUGUUGCGGACCACAUGCUGAAAUAACAUAUCUACGUACCUUCCACAUAGGACAUGCCAGCUUGUCUUUGGACGUCUUUCAAAACCUAACGACUCCAGGUCAAGAGAACUUUGCUUUGUCAGCUUGAAGCUGGCAUUAAGAAUUCCACACAAAAAAAAAAGGACCGAAUUGGACUGCAUCGGCUCACGCUGUAAUCACGUCAAUUUUAAUGCUACAUUGUAAACGUGUACAUGUGUAUUUCUGCGAGAGGAUGUUUAUAAUGUAACCUGGUCCCGGCCCCUGAGACUGUAUACACCCGUAUGGGCCGCAACUAUCAACAGCAGCUUCCCUCUUGGAAUGAAGAAGUUGCGAAACGGAUGCUCUUGCAUAAGGAAAUUAAGUAUGCCAUAUCUUAUGUAAGACAAAUGACUACUGCUGAGUUUCCCCCCCUUAUAUUCUUUUUAAUAUUGAUUUGUAAUCAAGAAGACAACAGCCUCUUUUACACAGAAACCCAUCCACAAAUUGCCUAUAUUGGAGCCACAACAGAACAUGGGACAAUUACUGGGAAAUGGUCAGGUCUUAAACUUCGCUGCCUCCUUCCCGACAUUUGUGGAAUACCUCACACGCAGGUGGAAUCUCACUUCUAUCACGGCUCCCGAGGCUACCUCCGGAGCCCGAAAAUUGGCGUGUUGACUUCCUUCCCACCCGUCCGUGUCGAUGCUGUUCAUCCUUGGCAGUGACACAGGGAUGGGAUUACAGGGCAGAUAAAUGCGGGGUUUUACAGGCAGUGUAAAAGGGGACAUUGACCCCUUUUGUUUGAUGGCACCUCUUUAUCACAACUGUCAUUCACAUUCCAGAGGGUUUUGGCUUCUUUUUUUUUUUUUUUUUUGGUCAUUCCUCUAACCGGAUGAACCUCAGUAAGGCUAUGCAUCGAAUCAAUUAAUCGCCCGGCUUAGUUCUCACAAGCCACGAUGCCAAUCCUUUCUUUGUGGACAUCUGGAGGUGGGGGGAAAGUGACAUUCCAAGUUGUCCUUGAUGGUGUUUUCGUGUUCCUGAACUCGCAGCAAUAGUCUGACCUUUGCACCUCACUAUUACGAUCACUGAAACCUUUUGCGCAGAUCUCAAGUGAUUCCUGUUCUGUGUUCAUUCCAUUUAACACACUCCCUUCACGGGUGGUCGUUGGUGUUGCUUUUGUUUUGAAGUAGAACAUUCUAAAGCAUAAGAAGCUUCAUCGCAAGUUCGGUUCACAUUUUUAGUUUGGACUGAGACCACCACACAUUUGACAUCUUAUUUUUUAUUGAGACCGAACCAGGGUACUAAGCGAUCAGUGUGGACAUAAUUUGUGAAGAAUUUCAUCAUUCCUUUCUGAAAAAAAAAAAGAAAAAGGACAAAUCAGCCGCCUCGUGUCGUCGCCAUGUGCGUGCACGCUGUUAUUCUUUCGGGAGGGAGGAGUGGGUAAGGGGGUUGCAAACUCAGGAAUACAUCCCACAAACGUAGCUAAGGAUCUUCAAAAUCCUCAUUCUGAUCAUUGCCGUGCAUGUUAAUACAUCCCUCAAAGUUACUGAAAGGCAAAAUGAAGCCUUUUUGUAUUGAGGCGUAACAUCCGUUCUUUGGCAAUGUCAACGUUUUAAGAGUUUGAAACUCAAAUCUCAAGACAAUUAGCAUCUCAUUCUGGAUUUUUGUGCCGUUACUUUUCUCAGCUCAAGUUCAAAGGCAACGUCAUUAACAGAGCAACACUUUUUUGGCACUUUGCAGUGGGUUUCCAUUGCACUAAGUGUGGAAUCAGGUUCGACAAUGUUACGAAUUCCAACCCAAUAUUUUAAACUUUUACCUUUCUGUUGAUUGCUGACCCAAAGUCUAAUGUGCACUGAAAGCAGCUUCCCAUGGGGCCAACCUUUCCCCCCCCCGAGACCAAUUCUGAUCCGAAGUCGGAACCAGUGCUAAACCGCGAUUGUCCCCCGGCUUCUUAAGUUAUGCACUGGUUAGCAUGCUUUGCUUUCGGUUCCGUUUUUUUGUUUUGUGACCCCCAUUGCAAGGGUGAAUUUGACCAUGUAAAGUAAUUUGUAAACUUGCAUCAAGUUUAUGAAUAAAGAAUUUUAUUAAAUAUCUCUGCACUCAUUCUUCCAUUGAAUACUGGCCAGCUAUUUGUUUU